GACGACUGUACGACGCCCAGCGCUGGCAGCUAGACGGCUUGCCCCCUCGCCCCCCAGCUCUCGUGCUUUGCUCACAGGAAACUCUCCUCUCUUUCCCUCCCAAAAGGAAAAGCCGAGCGAGCGAGCGAGAGAGAGAGAUAAGGAGGAGGCGGUGGAUAAAUUGAGGCAAUUCGGAGGCGUUUAAGAGCGACCGGAGAGAAUUCCAGGGCUUGUGUGAAUAGUUCGAAGCGAUUUCUUGAAGUUAGUGCUGUGUUUCGGCUUCGAUCUUGGUGGAUUUGGGGGUUCUGGAGGCGGGUCGGAUUUGGAUUUGAGGCUUUGAUCUGGGGAUUUGGGUGGAUCGGUGGUGGAUGAGAGAUCUGGGGGUAGGCGGAGGUUUUGGAUGGCGUCGUCGGAGGUGUCGGCCGUGAAAGGGAGUAAUGGGAGCUUCUCGUCCGGGUGCAGCGAGUUUAACGAGGACGGCGCUGGAGGCGGUGUGGCGGAGGCCGGCCGGGGGUUCGCAGCGGUACCGGCGGCCGGGAAAGAUUCGGAGGACGCGCUGUAUACCGAACUCUGGCUUGCGUGCGCCGGGCCUCUGGUGACGGUUCCCCGCGCGGGGGAGAGGGUCUUCUACUUCCCCCAGGGGCAUAUAGAACAAGUGGAGGCUUCGACGAAUCAAGUGGCGGAACAGCAGAUGCCCGUCUACAACCUUCCGUCCAAGAUCCUUUGCCGGGUGAUCAACGUGCAGUUGAAGGCCGAGCCGGACACAGAUGAGGUGUUUGCCCAAGUGACUUUGCUCCCCGAGAAGCAAGAUGAGAACGCUGUGGAGAAAGAGACGCUCCCACCCACACCGCCCCGGCCUCAUGUUCACUCUUUCUGUAAGACGCUUACAGCAUCGGAUACGAGCACCCACGGUGGGUUCUCGGUGCUGAGAAGGCACGCCGACGAGUGCCUCCCUCCCCUGGAUAUGUGCCGGCAGCCACCAUCUCAAGAGCUGGCAGCAAAGGAUUUGCAUGGGGUCGAGUGGCGCUUCCGUCACAUCUUUCGUGGUCAACCAAGGAGACACUUGCUUCAGAGUGGUUGGAGUGUUUUUGUUAGUUCCAAAAGGCUUGUUGCUGGGGAUGCUUUUAUUUUCCUAAGAGGUGAGAAUGGUGAACUACGUGUUGGAGUGAGACGUGCAUUGAGACAGCAAACAAAUAUUCCGUCUUCAGUCAUAUCCAGUCACAGUAUGCACCUUGGUAUCCUUGCAACUGCAUGGCAUGCUGUCAACACAGGGACUAUGUUCACAGUCUACUACAAACCAAGGACAAGCCCUUCUGAAUUCAUUGUUCCAUAUAAUCAAUAUAUGGAGUCCCUCAAGAGCAACCAUUCCAUAGGUAUGAGAUUCAAAAUGAGAUUUGAAGGUGAAGAAACCCCAGAGCAGAGGUUCACUGGAACAAUAGUUGGCAUAGGAGAUGCUGAUCCAAACAGGUGGCCUGGAUCAAAAUGGAGAUGUCUUAAGGUGCGAUGGGAUGAGACCUCUUCAGUUCCUCGUCCAGAGAGAGUUUCUCCUUGGAAAAUUGAACCUGCUUUGUCUCCUCCGAUGAACCCCCCGCCGGUGCCUAGACCCAAGAGGCCCCGAUCGAAUGUUAUGCCAUGCUCACCUGAUUCAUCAAUUCUUACGAAAGAAGCUGCUUCUAAAGUCAAUGUAGACCCUUCACAUUCACAUGGAACUACAAGGGUCUUGCAAGGUCAAGAACUGAUGACCUUGAGAAGCAGUUUUGCGGAUGAUAAAGAGUCCGAAAAUGCACAGAAGCCCAUUAUGUGGUCUUCGUCGCAUGAUGAAGAGAAAACUGAUGCUUCUGUGCAGAGAAGAUUGGGAUCAGAAAAAAGGUGGAUGCAAAUGGUGCGGCCUGAACCAACUUAUGCGGAUCUGCUGUCAGGAUAUCGGCCUCAUGAUUCGCAUGGAUUUAGCUCAACAUUAUUCGAACAGAAUCCUGGAGAAGCAUAUCUCUUGAAGAAUCACUUUCAAGACACAGAAGGCAGGCACAACAUGCUUCCGGGCCAAUGGUCUUUAAUGCCUCCAAAUUCUUCUUUUGCUUCACAUGAGCUUAACUUCAAGAUUACUGCACAACCUGGCGAGCAUUCUUAUCAGAAAGCUGGAAGUAUGAGGUGUGCCGGGAAGGUAGGCUAUUCUGCAUUGCAGGGACUAGGAAUUGAACAACACUCUCCAAACUGGUUGACGCAUUUGCUGCCAACUUCACGAAUGGAGAACCCCUCACAGUCAAGGGCGGUGAAGCCUCAAUCCUUGAUUGCAUCACAAAAUGACAAAAAACCCAAAGCCGGUGGCAACUGUAAGCUCUUCGGAUUUCAUCUUAACAGCAACACGACAGCAUCUGACGUAGUAGCAUCACAACAAAUGAAUGCUUCAACCCAUGAGCCAGAGGCACACAGUUAUGCGGCUGCAUCAUUAAAGCAGCCACAGGCUAUAGAGGCUGACAAACAUUCUGAACCAGCAAAAGUUAUGAAGUCAGCUGAUCCUACUCCAGUAGGCAGCGAGCCAGAGAGAAAUCUUCAGCCUUGCCCGCAGACUUCUAAAGACUUGCAGAGAAAACAAAAUGGUUCAACAAGAAGUUGCACAAAGGUGCAUAAGCAAGGAAUUGCUCUUGGAAGAUCUGUGGACCUUACAAAGUUCAAUAGCUACCAUGAACUGUUAGCCGAGUUAGAUCACAUGUUUGAAUUUGAGGGUGAAUUGAUGGCUCCCAACAAAAAUUGGCUGGUUGUGUAUACUGAUAAUGAAGGUGAUAUGAUGCUUGUUGGAGAUGAUCCUUGGCAUGAAUUCUGCAGCAUGGUUCGUAAAAUUUUCAUCUACACGCGUGAGGAGGUCCAGAGGAUGAAUCCUGGAACGCUGAGCUCCAGAGUUGAAGAGAGCCCAGCUUCUUCCGAGGAAAGAGCAGCUGCUAAAGGAAGAAAGGGUCUGGUUCCUAAAUCUUCAGCUCAUCCAGAGACCUGCUAGCUCUAGAAUUGGCACGGUCUUUUUGAUGGAGGAAAGGCCAUGGUUGGGACCAACGUUUGAUAGGCGGGGCCAGGCUGGGGGGUAUUGGAGUAUAGGUUGUGAAUGGUAAGACCCAUCUUAUUGCCAUUGGUGGCACUUGCUCUGGAGGCUGGGGCAAGGGAACUGCUUUAAUUACUACAGUUUUGGUUGUAUUGUGAUUUUUGCUCACAAAAUUUGUCUGUGCCUCUUAUCACAUGUAUAUCCUGAAGAAAGGCGAGGGAGACCUUGCUCUUCCACAACAUUUGUAAAUAUCUGUUCUCAGCCUAUCAUAUUAUCAAUGUUAAGUCAUCCCAAGCUGGCUUUUUUUACCUCAUUUGAGCCAUGCAGUGUCACUUGAGCUUUUGUUAUUGGUGAACCUGGUAACAUAUUUUGAGCUCUGACCUGUUCAAGCACAUUGUGGUGAACUGGUGUAAAAUCAUAUAUAGCUGCGCUCUAUUGAUAAAUCAUGCCAUUUAACUGAAAAUUUUAUCAUGGAGCCAUUUGUACAGUAAUUUUAGAAAGCUUAGAAUGCUUGACCAUGGGGACUCAUUAUGAUCAGCUAUUAGCCAAUUCUUAUAUCUCUACUAGUCAAAUUGUCUACAGUUUGGGAGCCUGAUGUUUUUGUGAGGUCAGGUCACCACUUGCAGGAUACAAAGCUAUGCAUAUCGGGAGACUUCAAAAUACAGGCUUAAGGAGAUGAUGUGCAUAUUUCUGUACAUUUCCAAUAAUUAUGAAGUAUUAGGUCUGUUCUGUUGCUUGUUGAACUUGUUAUGUUACCAAACCAAUGAAAACUAAUUUAGGCAACCCUCUAUGCAUUUUCUCCCCUUGCUAUGUCUUGUAUCCCAGUAUUACUCUUGUUCUAUUUAAUUGGAGGGCAAAGAACUAUGGUGAUGGAUGGAGGUUUAACGAGGAGAGGUUUGAUAAGAGAGAUCGGUAGGUGUGGAGUAGGGUGCAGAGAUUCAAGAAGUGGAGCUUGAUGGCUUCUGAAAGUGUUUCGUGUGGUUGGCUGUUGGAUUAUGUUUGUGAUGGCUGUAUUGACUCUUAUGAGAUCAGGUCUUUCUGGGUGGGUUUUUACUAGAAUGAUAGAACUCCUGUGAUGCUACUUCCGGACAUCCCAAAGACAGGUGAAAGUUUGGCAGGUUCAUGUUCCCAUUAGGUUUGAUAUGGUCUUUCUGAAUCUAUUUUUUACCAUUUGUAACUGCAGAACGGUAAACUUGGAAUAAAUAUGUUUUCUGAGAUGAUUACGUCUCUUGUUGCAGGAUCUGUAUUCUACUGUCCAUCAUCGCAGCUCUGUGAUUAAGGUGGAUGGAUAGCUUCAUGUGAAAGCUGGGAUCAAAUCAAUCAUGCACGGAUGUUUGGGAUAGGCAGAUUGUUGCUGUCUGCCUCCGCUGUAAAAUAGAUUUUUCUUACGGUCUUACCUCAUUUCAGUAUGUGGAAUUUUUUGAUAAAAAGUUAUGCCAGCUUUUUCCCUCAUC